AUGUGGGCUCCUGUCGACUGCGAGAUAUACUGGCGGGACCAUCAUGACUGGCUUCAGCAACGAGGGUACAUGCUACGCCCCCGGUAUAAACCCGACUGGAAACCUUCUUGGACAGGAACGAAUAAGUCGCCUUUCUUGUGCGACGAUGGACAAGACGCAAUCAGACCAGUGGUCAUGGACGCGACGCGCGUCAGCGACAACCGGAUGGUGCUCCUAAAGCGCGUUGAUAAGUCGGUUCAUCCCUACGAGGUCGAGAUGGGCACACUCCAAGACCCCACCGAUCAAAACAUCACUUUCAUUGUUAUGCCGCAUCUAAGGAGAUAUACUAAUCCUAGCUUCCGAACAAUCGGCGAAGCGAUCGAGUUUUUCCGCCAAGUGUUAGAGGGUCUACACUUCAUGCACGAACACCAUGUCGCUCAUCGAGACUGCAUGUCGCUCAACAUCAUGAUGGACGCUGGGCCUAUGUAUCCUGACGGAUAUCACCCCCGAGCAACAUUCCUGACGCGUGACUAUUCUCAAACAGCCAGGUAUCACUCUAGGACGCGGCGUCCAGUGAAGUACUACCUGACCGACUUUGGUAUCUCCUGCCGGUUCGAGGAGGAUGACCUGAACCCAGUGGUUAUACCAAUUCUCAGCGGUGAUCGCUCUGCUCCAGAAUUUCAAGAGGACGAAACGACCCCUCGCAACCCCUUUCCGACAGAUGUCUACUAUCUGGGGAACGUCAUCCGGGAAGAUUUUUUUUUUUUUGAGAAAUACUCAAAUAUCGAAUUCAUGAAACCCCUUCUGGAGUCCAUGGUGAACCCCGACGUUGAUGCUCGUCCAACCAUGUCCGAGGUUGUCGAGACUUUCAAGACGAUUGUCUCGAAGCUGUCCGGCUGUCAAAUCCGCAGUCGGCUGAUACGACGCGAGGACGACGACUUCGUCAACGCGUUACUUUACCAACCAUUGAUUCGAAGGCGUAUCAGGCGUAUAGGAGUUGGGUCACGCCCAUGA